UAUUCGGCUUAUUCGUUGACUUAGUUACCGUGUGAAUGAAUGUGUGUGAAUUAAUAUCUGUAUCUGCACCGUAUGAUUUUUCAUAAAAUAUCACAUAGAUGAUUUUCGUUGUUUCGUGAAAACUAAUUCAGCAAAAUGGGCAUUUUGGAAAAAAUAUCGGAAAUCGAGAAGGAAAUCGCGAGGACACAGAAAAAUAAAGCAACUGAAUAUCAUCUGGGUUUACUCAAAGCCAAACUAGCAAAAUAUCGUUCUCAGUUGCUGGAGCCAUCAAAAAAAUCUGAGAAAGGUGAAGGAUUUGAUGUGUUGAAAUCUGGUGAUGCUAGGGUUGCAUUGAUAGGUUUCCCAUCGGUAGGAAAGUCCACACUGCUCAGUACUUUAACCCACACAGAAUCGGAAGCUGCUUCGUAUGAAUUUACAACUCUAACCUGUAUUCCUGGUGUUAUUGAAUAUAAAGGUGCAAAUAUACAGCUUCUUGAUUUGCCUGGUAUUAUUGAAGGUGCAGCUCAGGGCAAAGGUAGAGGUCGACAAGUGAUAGCUGUGGCUAGAACAGCCGACUUAGUUUUAAUGAUGUUGGAUGCAACAAAACAAGAUGUUCAAAGACAGUUACUCGAAAAAGAAUUGGAAUCUGUAGGCAUACGGUUAAACAAGAGGAAACCAAACAUAUAUUUUAAAAUCAAAAAAGGGGGUGGAAUAUCUUUCAACUCAACCUGUAUUUUAACAAAAGUGGAUGAAAAACUUGUUCAAAUGAUUUUACAUGAGUAUAAAAUAUUCAAUGCUGAAGUUCUAUUCAGAGAAGACUGUACUGCAGAUGAAUUGAUAGAUGUUAUAAAUGCAAAUCGUGUAUAUUUGCCAUGCCUUUAUGUUUACAAUAAAAUUGAUCAAAUAUCAAUUGAAGAAGUAGAUAGAAUUGCAAGACAACCAAAUAGUGUUGUAGUUAGUUGUAACAUGAAAUUGAAUUUGGACUACCUGUUAGAGACUCUAUGGGAAUUUUUAGCUCUUAUAAGAGUAUACACAAAAAAGCCUGGUCAGCCACCUGACUUUGACGAUGGUUUGAUUCUUAGAAAGGGAGUUACCGUUGAGCAUGUUUGUCAUUCAAUCCAUCGUACAUUAGUUGAACAAUUCAAAUAUGCAUUGGUCUGGGGUACAAGUACAAAAUAUUCUCCUCAAAGGGUUGGCCUACAGCACGUAAUGCACGAUGAGGACGUGAUUCAAGUAAUGAAAAAGUAAAUGGUUCUGUUCCUACAUCAUCAAAAUUGUGAGAUGAAUUGUAGAUAGCGGAGAUUUUUAUAUUUUUGAAAAAAAAAAAAAAACGAUUAAUCUUCUAUUAAAACUUUAGCAAUGAUUGAUUUUUUCAUAAGUUAUCUCGUGAGACAAAGAAGAAGGUAUUUUCAAAUACACCUAUUUAUUGAACAUUCAUGUUUUUAAUUGCAAGAUACUGAGAUAUAUACUGUUUUAUUAAU